AUGAAUGCUGUCGAUGUUGUCUGGAGAAAAGUGGUGCUCAAGUCUGAAGGGAAAAUGAUACUCCAGUGGCUCCACAAAACCGACAUCCCUUGCCCACCACCACCAUCGCCUCCAUUGAGUAUUUCGAGAAUUCGGAGCAGAAAGUGGAGGAAGAGAAACUUCCUGAGCUACUCCUCAACUUCCGUGGUCUCCAGCUACACCGAGAAAAGAAUAAAGAAGAAAAUUAGAAGAAUGAGAACCCGUUAUUCUUCUUCUUAUUAUUCUUCUCCGGCAGCUUCGAUGUGCAACUCCUCGGCGCUAAGUUCGUCGACUGCUUGCAACUCCACGAUGAGCAUCAGCUCGUUCUCGUCGUCGUCCUCCUUUAGCAGCUCGGAUUCCCGUUUGUCAUCGACUUGCAGCUCUUGCAGCUUAGUUGGAAUGAACAAGUAUUGUAAUUGGUUUGACGAAAAAAUUGUCACUUUCUAA